AUGGCGGUGGCUUUGGAUGCAAUCCUCGCUCGGAUCAAGGAUGUUUGUAAAAGGAAUGGUUUGCUCAUCCUCUCCGUGUUGUCCGUCACCAUCGGCUGUCUCCUUGGAUUCUUCCUGAGGACGAGACGACUCUCCCAGCAGGAAAUUAGUUACUUCCAGUUUCCUGGUGAGUUACUGAUGAGGAUGCUGAAAAUGCUGAUUCUCCCACUGGUUGUCUCAAGCUUGAUGUCUGGGCUGGCAGCCCUGGAUGCCAAGACUUCCAGUCGAUUAGGGAUCAUAACCGUCACUUACUACCUGUGGACAACGUUUGUGGCUGUGAUUGUGGGAAUAAUUAUGGUGUCCAUUAUCCAUCCUGGUGGAGCAGCACAGAAGGAGAGCACUGAGGAGGGCGGGAAGCCCAUCAUGAGCUCUGCAGAUGCUCUGCUGGACUUAAUCCGGAACAUGUUUCCAGCCAAUCUUGUUGAGGCCACAUUCAAGCAGUAUCGCACCAGGAGUAUUCCCAUUGUUAAAUCCAACAAAGCCUCAUCUGAAAGCACCACUCGUCGCAUUAUAAUAUAUGGAGUCCAGGAUGAGAAUGGCUCCAACAUCCAGAACUUUGCCUUGGAUAUCACUCCCCCUCCUGAAGUGAUUUACAAAUCAGAGCCAGGCACGAGUGACGGCAUGAAUGUGCUGGGGAUUGUGAUAUUCUCUGCCACCAUGGGUAUAAUGUUGGGGAGAAUGGGGAACAGUGGAGUUCCUUUGGUCAGCUUUUGCCAGUGUUUGAACGAAUCUGUCAUGAAGAUUGUGGCAGUUGCUGUUUGGUAUUUUCCCUUUGGAAUUGUGUUCCUAAUUGCUGGCAAAAUCCUAGAAAUGGAUGACCCCUCAGCCAUUGGGAAGAAGCUGGGUUUCUAUGCCAUCACAGUGGUGUGUGGCCUGGUGGUGCACGGGCUCUUUAUUCUGCCAAUGAUGUACUUCUUCAUCACCAAGAAGAAUCCCAUUGUCUUCAUCAGAGGGAUUCUUCAAGCCUUGCUCAUUGCUCUGGCCACAUCCUCCAGCUCAGCCACCCUGCCUAUCACAUUCAAGUGCUUGCUGGAGAACAACCACGUGGACAGGAGGAUCGCACGGUUCGUGCUGCCCGUGGGGGCCACCAUCAACAUGGAUGGCACGGCGCUGUAUGAGGCCGUGGCCGCCAUCUUCAUCGCACAGGUCAACAACUACGAGCUGGACUUUGGGCAGAUCAUCACCAUAAGUAUCACAGCAACAGCUGCCAGCAUAGGUGCUGCAGGCAUCCCCCAGGCUGGGCUGGUGACAAUGGUCAUUGUUCUCACCUCGGUCGGGCUCCCAACAGACGACAUCACGUUGAUAAUUGCUGUGGACUGGGCACUAGACAGGUUCAGAACAAUGAUCAAUGUCCUGGGAGACGCGCUGGCUGCCGGGAUCAUGGCCCACAUCUGCCGGAAGGAGUUUGUCAAGGAUGGUGAUGAGCAGGUGCCACUGAUCUGUGAAACUAAGCCUGUUAACAUCCAUCAGAUUGUGGCUUACCAGAGAAAUGGCUGUGUGAAGACCAUGAAUGAAUCUCGCGGACCAGAAACAGUGAAAGGGUUUCAGCACCAAACACCCGUACAAGUGGAGCAAGAAGAAACUCCUGUGGAGAAUCACACUAAGAAAUCCAACAGUAAAGACCACUGCACUAUUGAAAUAAAUGAACUAGAAACAAAUGUGUAACUGCUGCACUCAGUGGUAUCUCACACCCCAGUGACAUGAUACCCAAUCUCUACCUCACA